AUGCCAGAUUUGACACCAUCAAAUGGAAAUUCUCCAACAAAUGCCAACAAUAAUUCACAAUUGUCUGACCUUAACAAAAUUAAAACGUAUGGACUUACUGGUCCUAUAAGUUUGGCUUAUCCAAGGCCAGAGGAGUUAAAAUUAACUGAACAGCUUGAUAUGGUUCUGCAUAAUAAUGAUAUGUAUGAGACUCAUGAAGAAAUGACCAAAAGAAUGGAUGUUCUUAGAAAAGUGGUUCAACUUGUAGAUAUUUGGGUUAAAGAAAUGGCUGUUGCAAAGAACAUACCCGAGACCUCAAAUAUAGGAGCUAAGGUUUAUACAUUCGGAUCUUACAGACUCGGAAUUAAUGCUAAAGGAGCAGAUAUUGACACGCUGUGUGUAGUUCCACGUCAUAUCGACAGAAACGACUUCUUUGGCUCGUUUAUGGAUAUUCUGAGAAGAGAGCCAGGAAUCAAAGACAUGAGGAGCAUUAUGGAUGCAUUUGUGCCUGUCAUUAAGAUGACAUUUGAUGGUAUUGAGAUCGAUAUGUUGUUUGCGCGACUGGCGUUAACAGAGGUCGAGGAUACGCAAGACUUGAGAGAUGACAACAUACUGAAGAAUCUGGAUCAGAAGUGCGUCAGGAGUCUAAAUGGUUGCAGAGUUACCGACGAAAUUCUACACUUGGUUUCGAACAUUGAAAGUUUCCGAAUGACCUUAAGAGCGAUCAAAUUGUGGGCCAAAAGAAGAGGAGUGUAUUCCAAUGUUCUCGGAUUUUUGGGUGGCGUGUCGUGGGCAAUGUUGGUAGCGCGCAUCUGCCAGCUCUAUCCAAAUGCUACACCAUCUGUGCUCGUGCAAAAGUUUUUCUUUGUAUUCUCAAAGUGGAAAUGGCCACAACCAGUUCUGCUGCAGCAGCUGAGUGUAUGUAAGAUGACUGGAACGUUUAGCUUUUGGGAUCCGAGGAAAAAUCCAUCAGACCGCUGCCACCUAAUGCCAAUCAUAACCCCGUGUUUUCCGAACCAGAACUCCACGUACAACGUUACUGCGUCGACCAGAGCCAUAAUGAUGGAUGAAUUUGAGAGGGGUUUGGCGAUAUCUACGGAGAUUUUAAAUAAGAAGGACGAUUGGGAGAACCUCUUCAAGCCGUAUGACUUCUUCCACAAGUACAGACAUUUCAUUGUUGUAAGGGCCAGCUCUUCCACUGCAGCCAGUCACCUGGAAUGGUACGGUCUGAUCGAGUCGAAACUGCGUCUCAUGGUCCAGAAGCUGGAGGCCAAUCCGGUAAUAAAGCUGGCACACAUCAACACUAAGGCAUACCCGCCUAGGAGUGAUUCCACUGAGCAGCACUGCACGCAGUGGUUUAUUGGGCUGACCUUCUCCCAAGCCUCUGUGAAAAUCGACCUGACCUAUGAGACUCUCUACUUCCACGACCAGAUAAGAUUGGCUGUGGGGCCGAAGCUAAAGGAGGGUAUGAACAUGGACGUCAAGUACCUAAGAAAGAAGGAGUUAAUAAAUUAUUUGCCGGACAAUGUUCUACACACUGAAAGUAGGGGAAUCAAGAGAAAACAUACGGAUGAAAUGAACUUAUCAGAUUCUUCAUCCCAAUCGACAUCAACCACGCCACGCCCAUCGCCGAAGCACAACAUUUCCGCCAGCGAGUCUCGACUCCCACCGAGCAACAACAACAACAACAACCUCAGCGCAUCCAUUAUCAGUCCGCAGGUAGCAAACGAGCAGAGGUACAUGCCGGAAUCUAAAAAAAUGAGAUGCAUGACUUCCAGUAAGUCGGACUCCUUCCUAUUGGGUACUGACUCUCUACCAGCUGGUAAAACGCCGCAACUUUUUAACAACACCAAUGGAGAUGGCAACUCAGACGGCAGCGGUAGUAGGAAUGUGUGCUACGGCAGCCACGCCGACGACGACGACCUCCUUGGUGGUGUCAACGGAAGUGGGGAUGAUACGCACGCUCGAGUUGGCCUACUGCAGAAGAUGAACGCCGGAUCGACGAGUAGCUGUGAGAAUUCCAACGAUUGUUACGACACCAUCGUGAAAUCCACCGCAACGACACCAUCUCAUGGAGACAAUCACUUCAACAACGACAACAACAACAACAAUCUAUCUAGCAUGGAUAUCAGAGCCAUCGACUCACUAGUUAGCAGGCAUAAUAUGCACGCUGGACAGUCUCACCUACAGCAGACGACACACUCAGUGCCUAUCAACAAGAAGCCCAUUCAAAUUGUCAAACUCAGUCGAUGAUGACGACGAGGACGACGAUGAGGAAGACGAUGAUGAAGGAAUUGAUAACAUUAUAAUGUUCAUGAUGAUGAUUGAAGUAAUGUUGGUGAAGACGACGAUGGUGAAGAUGGAUGAAUGUUGUUCUAUACUCGCAACUGUACAGUCUUUGGUUAUAUAUUUUAUUUUAAUUUUUCACGUACGAUUAUUAUUAUUAUUAUUAUUAUAUUAUCAUUAUUAUCGUUGUUAUUGUUGUUGUUAGCCUUUUUAUACACGCAGACGUAUGUGUGUGUCUGUAUAGGCGCGCGAAAAUAUGAAAUUCAUCUGUUUCAUUGGUCUCUUGGUCAGCCAAUGGCGUGCUUCUACAUGCUGGCAAUUUGAUUAGAUGAUUAGAAUUAAUUAAUGUUUUGUCCAUAUAUAUCUACGUAUAUAUAUAUAUAUAUAUAUAUAUAUAUAUAUAUAUAUAUAUAUAUAUAUAUAUAUAUAUAUAUAUAUAAGCUUGUUUCGCGCGCAAAUAUAAGUUGUGUACAUAUUGAGUUUUAAAAUAAAAUUAGGUGGUAAUGAAGUUGAUGAUGAAGUGAGGCAUUUUUGAGGUUUCUUCACUCACUUUUAACCAUUUUAACAAUUUUAAAAAUAAUUAUUUUAAAGUGUAUUAUCAUCAUUAUUAUUAUUUCAAUUAAUAAUAAUUUUAAAAAUAAUUAUUUUAAAGGGUAUUAUUAUUAUUAUUAUUUUGUAAUUAAUAAUAAUUUUAAAAAUGAUUAUUUUAAAGUGUAUUAUUAUUAUUAUUAAUACACUGUAAUUAUUCAUUAUUAUAGUUAUUGCUGUUUUAAUUGUAUUGUAACUGAUUACGUAUAAUAGUAAUGGCAACAAUUACAAUAUGAAUAUUUAUUUGUAAUGUUGUUA